AUGUAAUUAUUAUCAUAGAAGUUUAUCUCUGAUAAAUUUGAAGAAUAAUAUGAAAGGUACAUAAUGAAGUUCAGAUUAAGAUUUUAACUCAUAUAAAAAGUCAUCUUAAUACCUCUCAUUAUUUACUAUACAAUUGAAAAGGUUAUUUAAUCAUCUUGGUUCACAGUUUGUCUAAAUAUAAUUUUAGGAAUUAUCAUAUUGACAAGUUUGAGAUAUUAGAAAAAGUGUAUUAAAGUCUAUGAAAUAUUAUUACUAAUAGGAAUUUUGUUAUUCAAUAUAUUCUAUGCAACAUCUCAAUAUUUAUCAAUACAUCCAGAGAGAUACUAAUUUAUUGAUGGGUAUUUUCUGGCUAUUCUUAGUUUAACGUAUAAUAAUUUCAUAUACAUAUUUUAGAAUAUUAAACAUGAUGGAUUCUAUUCAAAAAGCAUUCACUUUAUUAUUUAUAUACCUCUACUUUAUGAUUAUGAUACCCAAUCCCAAAGAGCCAUUAUGGUCUCAACUUACUAAAUUCAUUAUUUAUAUUAUCCUAUACUAUCAAUAAUCAAGAUAUUAAUAAUAAUUAAUGAGAAUGACGUAUAUGCAAUAUUGCAAGCACUUAACGAUAGAAAAUAAUAUAAAAGAAAAUUUAGAAAUGAAAUAUUAUAUUGUUAAUUUUAUAGAAAAUUCAAGACAAAUUAUUUUAUAAUAAGAGAAUGUAGAUAAAUUCAAUGAAUAAGAGGAUUAAUAUAAUUUUUAGGCUUUUAUAAGAAAAACUAUAGUUGCAAGUCAGGGUCGAAAAAUAAAAAAAUAAAUGGAUAUUAGAAAAAAUUCAAGUGAUAUGAAUUUAGAAUAAUUCUUAUUUUAUUUGUUUACAGAUAAAAAUAGAUUAAGAUAAUUAGAAAAUUAUGAAAAUAAAUAUUAGGAUUAUUAACAUUUAUUAUUUGGAUUUAAUUAAGAUGAAUCCUUUAUAAUAAAAGUAGUUUUAUGUUUUGAUACUGCACCAUGUGCAAUAUUAUUAAUUACUGAACAAUAAAAAAAAUAAUUUGUAGAUAAAUUAAAAUUAUAGAAUAAAGCAACAUUAAAAUUAUUAAACUAUUUUUAAGAUAUUUUUAAUACUCAAAUUAGAUUAUCAUUAAUAAUAAUGAAUGGAAUUCUAAAAAAAUAUCAAUAAUCUUAAUAAAUGAAUAAAUGUCUUAAUUAUGUUGUAUCUUAACUUUAUAUUUCCUAUAAUAAAUAUUAUAAUAUAUCUGACUAUUUCUCAGCUAAUACUGAUCUUAAAUAAUUAUCUCUCUUAAAAUUUAAUUUAAUAUAAUUACUAGAAAUUUUGAUUGAUAAAAUGAAAUAUUAUAGAAAUAAUAAUAAACUUAAAACUAGAAUUAUCAAAAUACAUACUAAACUUAAUGAUUUAUUUAUGAAAUCUGAUAUUAAAUAGAUUUAGUAAUUAUUCCUAAAUCUUAUGAUAUUUACAUCUUAAUAUUCAAAUGAAAUAUCAAUUGAAAUAGAUGAAGAUCUUGAUCAAUCUUUUUUACCUUAACCUAUUGUUAAUGUUUGCUUUUAUUUUAAGACACCAAAAGGUACUAGAAUUGAAGUUGAUAAAUUUCCUAUCAUUAAUCCAACAACUUUGGAUGAAAUCAAAAAGAAUGAUAAAAGAUAAAUGGAUCUUUAUAUAUCAAUAUCUUUAUUGAUAAUCAGAAAUCUAGGACCUUUUGAUAAGAUUACAAUGAGAAACAUAGGAAAAUCACAAUACAAAAUUCAAUUUUACCUAUACAAAUAAAUACCUUUAGGAUUAAGUUUAGUGCCUAUUCAUUCUUUCGAUCCUAAUAUGUAUAUUAAGAGAGAUGAAGAUUGGCAAUUAGUUUAAUCUCAAAAGAAAGAUUCUAUAAUUAAUAGUUUCAAUUAAGAAUUAAGAUUAGAUACUUAACGAUGUCUUUCAUCUCCCCUUCCUUUAUUAAAGAAAUGA